AUGAAUCCCCUGAGCAUUUUCCUGUUGUCUAUUUUUUUUAUCAAAGCAGCCCUUGUGUGCGCCAUUUCGACGCAUGAAGUUUUGAAUGACAAAAGAAUUGAGUUUAAAAAUAAUGCCAAACGGAUUAUCAAUGAAUCAUAUUUGGUGGACCAAAAUGAGAAGCUGUUGGGUAGUUCGCUCAGGACGUACAAAUACUACUUGGUAACAGGUACAACCGAAUUUAGGGCUAUCUUCAUUUUUGACGAUUUAAAUGUGAACAAAGCGACAGAACUAGGAAUAAGCAAUGCUCAACACGAGGCGGACAUCUUAAAUGUAGAAGAAAACGUGAAGAACAUUUACCCCCUCGAUGAAAUAAGCACAUUUAAUGAGGUCCUAUACAGAGAGAGAAAAAUGUUCAGCCUGGAAACUGCAUAUUCCACCACAAGUUAUGUGCUAGCCAAAUUUGUGUUUGACGUGAACGUCGAAGAAGAAGAUGAAGAAGACAUCAUGUCUCUUUUGAUUGAAACUGAAUUGAAUAUGAAAAAAAAAAAAUUGGAGGUUGUUACGAAAGAGGAUGGCGGUGCACAGCAAGGGGACAACAUCAACAGCAGCGACGUCAAGUCGAACAACUCUCAAUCGGUUGGACUGUACAAGAAGAAACACCCACAAGCGUUUACCCAAUUCAUCGGACUGCUGGUAAGUAUCGUGUCCAUGGUUACAUCCAUCUCAGGUGCCAUUUCAGCUGUCGCGCCAUCUUUUUCGGGCACCCCCAGCCCCUCUCCUCCCGAAUUUUUGGGGGAUGAGGCAUGGACUCUCCCCACAUAUGAAGAGAGAAAGGUUUCCAAG